AUGUCAUCCAAUAAGAAAAGAAAAGUAACAGACGAAGGAAGAAUAUUCAACGAAAAAUGGACAGCGGAAUACUUUUUUAUAGAAAUGAAAAAUGGAGCAUUAUGCCUAAUUUGUAAGGAAACCAUUUCAGUUUUUAAAGAUUAUAAUUUAAAAAGACAUUAUUUACAAAAACAUGCAACCAAAAUGGAUUCUUAUCAAGGUUUUUUUCGGAAACAAAAAAUUUUAGAAUUAAAAACAUGUCUUUCUUCUCAGCAACUCAAUAUAAAAAAAGCUACUUCUGAGUCCCUAACCGUUACAAAAGCUAGUUAUGUAGUGUCAUCUUUGAUUGCAAAAAAAUCAAAACCAUUUAUUGAUGGCGAGUUUAUUAAGGAGUGUUUAGAAAGUGUUGCAGAUAUAAUGUGUCCUGAUAAAAAAACAGACUUUUCAAAAAUUAGUCUGUCUCAUCAGACUAUAAGCAGGCGAAUCGAUGACAUUGGAAAGUCUAUCCAUAAUAAACUGGAGGAAAAAGUCCGUUCUUUCAAAUAUUAUUCUUUGGCUAUUGACGAAAGUACCGAUGUAAUGGACACGGCACAAGUUGCUAUUUUUAUUAGAGGUAUUGAUAAUGAAUUCAAUAUAUCUGAAGAAAUGGCUUCUUUAGUACCACUGAAAGACACUACAAAAGCUCGUGAUUUGUUCGAGGCAGUAGAAACUACACUGAAUAAAUUUUCUUUAAACUUGGUCAAUAUAUCAGGUAUAGCUACGGAUGGUGCCCCUGCUAUGGUAGGUAAAAAAGAAGGACUUACAAAAUUAAUAGAAGACCAUGCGGUUUUAUUUGGGAACAAAGGUUUGAUGCGAUACCAUUGCAUUGUUCAUCAGGAAAAUUUAUGCGCGAAAGCUUUGAAAAUGGAUAACAUCAUGCAAAUUGUUAUCAAAUGUGUUACAUUUAUUCGAGCUAGGAGACUUAAUCAUCGUCAAUUCCAAGACUAUCUUAAAAUCAUGGAAGCAGAUUCUGGAGAUGUUGUUUACUUUUCAGAAGUAAGGUGGCUUAGUCGAGGUAAAAUGCUCAAAAGAUUUUAUGAUUUGCGAAAUGAAAUAAAGUCGUUCAUGGAGUCAAAGGGAAAACCUGUCAUAGAGUUUGAAGAUGAAAACUGGCUUAUGGAUUUAGCUUUUUUAGUUGACAUAACUACUCAUUUAAAUGAGUUAAACGUACGUCUUCAAGGUAAAAAUCAACUCAUUAGUAAUAUGUUUCAAAUAAUAACUGCCUUUGAACUGAAACUUAAAUUAUGGCAAAGUCAAGUUAAGGUGAAUAAUUUUAUGUAA